GUAAUUAUUGGCGAUCUCUGCCACUGAGAACUCCUUUGCCUUGCCGCCCGCCUCUCCUACACGCCGCAAAUUGGUAGUAGGAUACUUGUCCGAGCUAUAUAAUACGACCAAAACCACCACUUUUUCGCUGAUUCCAGCGAUGCCAAAAUCACCUCAUUGGGGCAUCAGGGCUUUGUAAUGACUCCCCAUCAACAGACCCACAAAUAAUCCGCCUCACAAUCAACCGCAAAAGGCGAUGCUUGACGCUGAGAAUCGUCAAGCACCCCCCCAGGGUAGGGCGCCACCGCGCUCAAAUAACUAUUGGAGCGCGACGGUUCUUGAAAAUGGAAAAUGCACCCAUCAUUGCAAAGCUGCGAGCUCUCUGGCAGAAACGACCCCAGAGAUUGUCAGCUCUGUGGCACCGACGGUUUUCAGUCUCGAUGGCUCCGAUGGCUCCUAUGAUCGACGAACCUGUUGAGGAGGAGCUGCUUCCGGGCAAUCGGCUGAGAUUUUUCCAUCCGACGCGCCCCGGCAAGAUACUCAAUGGCAGAUUCAAGACCAUCGUCAAGCUUGGGUAUGGCGCCAACUCCACCGUCAAUCUCCAAUUCAAGAGGUGGAAGAAGUCAUCGGUUCUUCGCUAUGUCAGUAUCAAGAUUGCAGCCCUUGAUACAGACAUAGCCUGGGAGACUAGGAUUUCAAUGCUUAUCGCCAAUGCUGACCCAUUGCAUGAAGGGUUAGCAUUCAUUCGCAUGCCUAUCGACGAACUCCAGCUGAGAAGACUCGAGGGAACCCAUUCUUGUCUUGUCUACACACCAAUGAGAGAAACUCUCUUUCAACUUCAGCAUAGACUGCGACGACAGAGACUGGCACCACCUUUAUUCAAGUUCUUUAUCUAUUGUCUUCUCGAGGCUGUAGAUUAUCUACACACCAACUGUGGUCUUAUCCACACAGGUAAGGCGUUUCAACGCUUGUACUGGCACCUCUUGUGACUUUACCAAUGCUGACAAUAACCUGCUAGACAUCAAGGAUGACAAUAUAAUGGUGACGAUUUUGUCAGAUUCCAAAUGAAGAAUCCCCAGCCCCACCAUGUCUCUAGGGAUGGUCGUAUAACCUACCUCUCGGAAGGCGACUUUGGUCCCCUACAAGGCUCCAAAUUGCUACC